AACUCCUAACUUUUUCACAGAAACCACUCACAAAUCCUUAACAGCAUACACCGAUAAUAGCUUAUUUUUAUAUUCCAGAUUUCUCAAUUACAAUAAACAGCAACUUUGUCACAAAACAAACAACAACACAAUAUUAAUGGCACUUUGUUUGAACCCCCAAACAAACCUCUGGUUCCUGUUUUGAUUAGUAAAGUCUCUGUAAGGGAAGAGGGGGCGCUGUGCGUCUCCUCCGCUUAGACGCACCAGCCAGACAGUAGCAGUCGAUCGCAGAGGCCUCAUCCACUGUCUCCCCCUCUUUGUGUUUAUAUAUGUUUUUUAAAAUCUUUUUUGAGGGAAGCUGCCAAGCCCUAUCCCAAAGAGCAGGGACCAAAGAGCAAAAAUAAUGUACGCUUUCGUGCGUUUCUUGGAGGACGACAUGUGCUACGCGUUACCUGUGUCAGACGUGAAAGAUUUCCAGCCUUUGCACAAAAGAGAUUUUGAUGAUCAGAAGGUGUAUGUGGUGCUGAGAGGCACAGGCCAGCCUGCAAAAGCACACAUCCUCGCCCUGGCAGAAAGCAUUGAGGAAUUUGAGCACAGUAUUAUGCAAAAGAAGAUGAAAAUACCCAAGAUGUCUAACAGAAACACAGCGGAGAAUCACGUUGGGGAGGAAAGAAUGCCCCUUAGACAUAAAAAGGUCCAGUCGCCGGAACAGCAGCGGACCAGUUCAAACUCUUCAAAGAGCCUGGCUGCGGUGGUGGCGCGACUGGAGAGGAACGCUGUGAACUCAUGCGUGGAGGGAGAAGAGCUAGACAGACUCACAAAUGAGGAGGAGGAAGAGCAGGAUGAGGCCGUUGUGCCUCGCGUGCUGUAUGAGGAGCUGGUGCACAGCUACAGACAGCAGGAGGAGGAAAUGCGACGUCUGCAGCAGGAACUGGAGCGCACGCGCAGACAGCUGCUGCAGCAGGCCAAGAAACUAAAGGAGUAUGGAAGUCUGCUGACCGAAGUUAAGGAGCUGCGUGACUUUAAUAGACGUCUGCAGGAUGUCCUGCUCAUGAGACUUGGAAGUGAGCCGAUGCAUGACAAUGGUACACAGACAAUCAGAGCAGAGGUGGUUGAGCCAAUCAGUGAACCACAGGAGGCGUGUCCAAAGGAGGCCAACACUAGCUCCAACCACUCCCCGUCACCUAGGACCGUCUACACCUUCAAUGAUGGAAAAGUGCACUUGGGUGGAGGUAUUUGGGUGGAGGAAGAGAAGUGGCAUCAGCUACAACGGACACAGGGAGACUCGAAAUUCACCAAAAAUCUGGCGGUGAUGAUCUGGGGCACAGAAACUCUAAAGAACCGCAGCGUCACCGGCGUCGCUACAAAGAAGAAGAAAGAUGCCCUACCUAAACCACCACUAUCUCCAAGCAAGCUCAAAAUUGUCAGAGAGUGUCUGUAUGACCGCGUGUCUCAAGAAACAGCCGACAGCGCGGAGAUCACCCAGCGAUUAUCCAAAGUGAACAAAUACAUCUGCGAAAAGAUUAUGGAUAUCAACAAAUCCAUCAAGAACGAGGAACGACGAGAGUCCAAGCUACUCAUCCAACAGACAGUGAAGAUGGAAAACUUUCCCUACGACGGCCUGUAGGGGGUUUCCAAGUUGUCACCAUAGCUCAUUCUACUCCUCAAGGACAUCUGGUGGAGAAGGUGCACAUAAUCACUGGCGCUGCCAAUUGAGAUUUUCACAGAUGCCCUCCCACAACCUUGACCUCUUUUUACUCCGUAUUCCUUGUUUCAGGCCUGUCUGACAGCUUUACCUCUCCCCACACUGCAUUAGCAUUCUGGCGUGCAUUCUGUGAGCGAAUCGGGCGGGGUGGGGCAUGGUUUUGUAAGCUUGAUUGGGGAAUUUUGGGGUGGGUUGGAUAUUACACAUGUUAGAGAGGAGCGAUCCUUUAAAUCGUGUUCGAGGGAAAAUGUGUUUGGCACAUCGGCUUGUGUUCUGUGUCAGAACAUGUUCUAAUGUAUUAAAGAGGAAAGGAAAGGAUUUCCUUCCGAAGUCUUGUCUUUGGAGGAUGUUUGUAGGCGUCGCAAAGGCUGGGUUAGAUUCGGAGGCGUAGAGGAGGUGGGUCACUUCAUAGGCACCAUCUGCUAAAGGUACUUAACAUAGAGUUGCACUUUUAAACAGGGUCACACCCUGAGUUGUCUUAACGAGCGAUUGAUUUAAUUAAUCAAUCCAGGCCCAAUUGCUCCCAUUAAUUGCUUUCCUGAGAUGACUACUGAUGGUCUGUUCUUGUUCUUGAUAGGUUGAGAGGGUGCAUGUAGCCAGUGUUACUAAACAGUGGUCCUCCGAGAUGAAUUGGCGGCAUUUCUUUGGAUAUAAGAAAUAUCCAAAAGGUGCACGGAUUUGGGGUUUUGUUCCUGUUUUUAUCAAUACAGGUUUAUCAGUAUGUUUACAGUGUUUUGUUUGCAUAUCUAAAGGCAAUUCAAGGUCUUCGGGUCCUUCUUGGAAGUUGAGAUGUCGUGAUUAUGAAGUUUUAUUGAUUUGGAAAUGGUGAACAAAACAUGACUUGAAAACAGAAAUGUACAAAUUUCUAAUAAUGUUUGAUAAUCUCUUGUACACAAAAACAGCACAGGGAUAGUUGACUAAUAAACUGUUAAUGUGUCCUAUGGUGUGACAGCCAUUUAGAAAAAUCGAACAAUGAAGGUUAAUCCCUCUUCUGUUUUAUUUUAGAAAUAUUAAUAACAUAACAAUAUAUUAUUAACAGCUUAUUUAAAAACAUGCUGCCGUGUCACACCAUAGAACACAUGCAUGAUAUAUUAUUCAACUACCCACAUACGUGACAAUAAUAAAUAUCGACCAAUAGAAAAUAUGCAAACAGAAAGAAACAACCUAUUUAAUUUUAGUGAACUUAACAAACUAGUUUCGAUCAAUUAGUUAUUGUAUUAUCGGAUAUGCUAAGAUGGUCACCACCCAAGACCUUUUACCAGCCAUAAAUUGCACUUGUGACCGAGGGUAAGUGGAAAUCCGAGCUGGGCUGCAAGGCCUUUUUUCCAGCUGGCAAUCAUUGGGAACUGUGUUCUCCGUUUUAUAGCAAGCUGUGAUUGUAAUAUGAGCUGAUAUUGCUUUAACUGCACUUUGGUGUGUGAGUGGAGAGACGCCAGGCGCCACGUGUUGAUGUGGGGUAAAACUGUCAGCAGUGCUCUGUAUUGCAAACAUUAACCUCUUCCUCCGGAUCAGACGAACAGCAGGAUGUCUGCUUCAGCCCACCUGUAGAGGGCACACUCUUUAGGGGAGAAAAUAAGAUAUUGUGACAACUUAAAGUGAGCCAUGCUUUCCACACUUGAGUCCUUUGUCUCCCCUUAGUGUACCCUUUUUUCCUUAUUUCGCAAACUGUUUGUGUGGCUUGGCGUAAGGAAAACAAAACAAAGACCCCUCCUGCAGAUUCAGGUUCCCAUGUGAUGCCAUAACUGUGAAUUAACCACAGAUGCCACGCCAGCCCACUCUCUGGUUUUUGUUUAUUUUGUUGGAUUUUAUUUUUUAUUUUCGACUACAUUUGUGGGGUGGAAAUGUCAGUGUAUAUUUGGAAAAUAUUUGUAUCUUUUUGGACGUUUCAUUAAUUGCAUCCAGGUUGCACCUUAUCUCACUAAAGCUCCUGGUUCGAAAAGAGAGUCUAAUAAUAUUGUAAUUCUGUCUUUAUCUUUGCUGGUUCAUUUAUAGUUUAUAAUCAUUUCUACUUUUUACAGUGUAUAUGUGGUGUUUCAAUAUUAUCGUAGAUUAUGGGUACUCAACGUUUUUUAAAGAUUGCAGGGCACUUCACGAUUACAUCCUCUGUAAUGACAGAAACCCAUAUCACUUAAACUGAUCCUAUCAUGGAUUUUUACCGCAGGUAUAUCAGCGCUUGAAGAACUUUAGUUUAUGAAUUUCACCUCACUGUGAGUCAUUUGUUACAGACUAUCUCAUUUCAUUUGGAAUCAUUUCCGUUGAGAGGCAGUCUUUGCCCGCCUUUCCGUUCAGAGGAAGUCAUUGUCCAUCUUUUACAACGUAGCACUUUAAUCUUAUAAAAAUCCAUUACUGUUGACUUCAGAACCAAGCAAAAAAUGAGUCAACAUUAAAAUAUAACCAUAGUUGUUUAAACAAUUCUGGUUACAGAAGACGAUUAGGGCCUGGUAAAAAGAAUGAAUAUCAAGACAUCAAGCAAGAUUUAAGUUGAUAUAUUUCACAAAGAAAAGUUGAUCAGAUGAGUUGCUUUUAUGAAAUGGUGUACAUUUUCAAGUCAUAGUGUCUCAAGAGUUAACUCAGAAAAAAACAUCAGAGUAAAUAAGGAACACUCAACCCUUCAAUGAAGAUUUUACUUAUCUUUGUAAGUCCUGUUUGAACUUUUUUCCAGCCCAUUUUGAGCAGUUUAUUAUUUUAAUCUUUUAAUUAUUAUUUGAUUUCAUCAAUUCUGAUUUCUUUUAUUCUUUUUAGUUACCUUGCAUCAAAAUGUAACUACUUUAAUCUUGCACAAUGAUGACCAAGAUCUUUCUUUUCUUUACUUGACCCCAGUCCUUUCCGUAUCAAGCCAGUGGUUUAUUGCGCAUGUGUGUCUUUGCAGAAACAUAAUCCAUCCAUCAGUUUUCUACCUUUCAGUCGUGGUUUAGCAGCCAUUUGUUUGUUUUUUUCAUUCUCUUGAGCUGUGAAAGUUAUUCCUCUUAUCCCUUCAUACAGCAAUGUACCUCCAAUAUGUCAAGGUAAUUACACGAGAGGACAGAUUGUAAUGAGGUUCUUUUGUUCCACUGAAUGUCUUUCUCUUCUUCAUUUUUUUUCUGUAGAUAUUUCCUGUAUUGUGUGAUAUGCUUAUUGAAUAUUUGAUGUUUCAUAAUGGGCUUACGUACAGUGCGGGUGUACUGGAAAAUGACAGCUUUAACUGUGCCGAGGGUGAUUGCUAGCCAGACAUUAUCCAUGUGGUCAUAAUUUUGCGUUGAGGUUUGUGGAAUCGUUGCCUUGAAAAGGACUAAAGUGUUGCUUCUUUUGCUCUUUGUCUCGCUGCUGUGCAGAGACUGAAUUUUGCCACAGCAGCAUUCAGAUCCAAGGAAAAUGAAAGUUUUAAGUAUCUUUAGUUCAGAUGAAACCAGUGUAUACCGUCAGACUUGGAAAAUAAUAAUUUCAGUAUUUAUAGGCUUAAAGGCUACAAAAGUGAACCAAUAACUCUCAGAGGCAGUAUUUCUGUGAUCUCUGUAGGUUGGUGGCCUAUGCGUUUGAGUGGCUUUGUAAUAGCGGUGCUUAGCUUUGAGCUGGCCUGUGCUUUUGGAAAUGACAGGACCAGGCCAAAGCGCAAGAGGGAUCAAUAUAUAUUUGUUGUUCUUGGCAUGUUUGCCAAGACAUGUUUUGUCAUUUGCGUAUUCAUUCUGAAUCUGAAUGUGUGUUCGUCUUUGGGGUUGUGUUGUUUUGUUAAAAAUAAGUGGAGUCUCCGCAUGGACAUUUUGUGAUCGGUCUUGCACAAAAAAGGCCCUUGCUACCGUUUCCAGAGUUAUCUAAGCUAAACACAAAACGAAAUAAACAGCCAGAAUUUAUUUUUGCUUAAAUUGUUUCUUGAUUUUACAAGAUGUCAGUUUCAGGAUUAUGUUGUUUUUUGAUGGUGUGUGUGUGUGGGCUAUUAUGGCUAUAUUGCUUAGAUUAAAUCAUGAAUAUUUCUUUUCUUUAAACCCUUUUUGUUAUUUUUUAAUGCCAAAAAAGCAGAGGGCACAAGUUCUUGGGGGAAAAAUAGUUAGCAACGCUUUGGACUGCUUCACUAACCUACAUGCUGAGAUUGUCAAUCAAAUGCUGAGGACCCGCCCACAUGCCAUAGCUAUUCUGAAACUGCCCAGUACUCCGCUUAAGCAAGAACCACAACUUCUUAUUGCCGCCACGUUUCACUUUUUUCCAAAUUUCAUGAUUUGAAAGGUUUGUAAUCAAUUCAAAGCCAUUCUAUUCACAAUAUUAUCCUCUAGUUAAAGUGAAAAAUGUAUUUUUGAUACAAAUAAAACGUUCAGGUUGUUCUUAGUCUGAAAACAAGCAUGUUGUUUCACAGUUCUACCUCAUUGCUGCUCAUUGUUGUCUAGGUUUGCGUCGUUCUAAGGGCAAUCUCACAAUCCUUGUACCUCGUUCUCAUUCAGACAAUUCUAUCGCUCAGAGUAGAAUAUGUAACAUUUCAUAUUUUUAAUUCCCAAACACCUGUUUAUGCUGAUGUUCUGUCAGUGUCAGUUUUGUGGUAAAAGGAGCUCUGUAGUGUUUUAAUCUUGAUGGUGCUACCAGCAGACAUGGGUUCUCUUAAUCUGUUACUUACCUCAAGUGGUGCUAAUUUUCUAACACCUGCUCUGCAUUGCAUGUGCAAAACUAGUGAUCUGUUAAUUUAAUAAUUUAAUCAUACUUUAAAUAAAAACAAAUCACACCCCGAACAUGUUUUAGCUCAAAUCAAAUAAAUCAUACCUCUAACCAAUUACCUCACAUACUUUAAGAUCAAAAGAUGAGAUUUUACGCAUUUAACACCCUGUAAUGUAAUGCUGGAGUAAAACUAGAUCAUCUGUACCAUCUACCUAAAUAUUACUGGGCAGUUGACUGCAGUGUGGUCCUCAGCAGAAAUGUGAAAGUGGAAUAACUGUGGGACUAACACAGUAGUCUGUGUAGGGCGGUGGUGAUAUUGUGCAGAGGGUUUUCUUAACUUACCAAAGUGAUUCCCUCCCAAAGAUGCUUUUUUGUUGUUGUUAAAACCUGUCUGAAAAAAGACUCUUGAUUUUCAGUUUUACGAGAAAGGUUUUAUAGCUACUCAGAAAUGCGGGUGUGUUGAGUGAUCACAGGAAUACAAUCAGUCGCAUCUUUUUGUGACGUUUUAACUGUUUGUUCAGUAGGAUACUAUGUGAGUACUGAACACAAUUGUGUUAUUGGUCCGCUAACACCAGUUGUUUUUUCAGUGAUUUUAUGUCAUAGGAGGCAGGUGUGUCAUAGGCUUUGUAAACUGACCUCAAGGCCAGAAUUGACCGUUUUGCAUUUAAUCCGAACAUUCUUAUUUUUCGUUUUCUCUUUGUCAUGUCUCAUUCAUCUCCUUCAUUCUUGCUGCUGAAUAAAUAUCUGAUAAUAUAUAUAUAUAUAUAUAUACUGUAUAUAUAUAUAUAUAUAUAUAUAUAUAUACACGUAUGUAUGUGUAUAUAUGUAAAGUAUGUGUUAAUCAAUAUUUUUGGAAAGACGUUGAUGGACACUGUGGCAUAAAAUAACUGUGAAACAUGCUCUCUUUCAGGUCUGUGUUUGUGUUUUUUUAUAUAUGGUCACAUACUGGUAAUACUGGCUUUACCACGGUGUAAAUGAGGGGAGUAGCGUUGACCCUGGGCUGUUGCGAGCAGGACAUAUUAAUACAUUGUGCUAUUGACGAUGAUCUUGUUUCUCAUGAAUAUGUCUGCAUACAGAUUAAGCCCAAGUCUGGACUAAACGGACACUUGUAUUCAUACUGUGUUUUAGGCUGAACUUUGCUUCAGCUAAACUCGGCCUCACUGCACCUCACGUCGACCUCCAUGGGGACUUGAACAAAAAAACAAGGUUAGAAACACAACGAAAAGAAAAACAAAACGCGAACCAGUUGCACUCCUCACCUGUGCGCAGCUGGUUGUGUGCGUGUACAUGUGUGUAUGAGCGUGUGCGUGCUGCAGUAUGAGUUUCCUUGUUUAAUGUACAGAUCAACAGAAUAAAUUCAGGCUUUUAUUCUACAAACAAACAACUGUCAUUGAGCUGUUGUUUUCUUUUCCAUACUUUUUUUUCUGGUUUUUAAAGCAUAUAUGUGAAUUAAAGUGAAUGGACAAGCUG